AUUACCAGCGAGCACUGGCUCUGGCAACCUUGCUAGCUGCUACUACUAGCUGCCUACUGAAGAAGAAAAACAAUGCACAGAGAAAAUAAUGUCAAGUAGUUUCCCGCUGGCCUUACAGUUGGGCUAGCUAGUUAUAUUCGACUAGGACGAUGAAGCAUGUACAUUUGUUUGUCAUAUUUUAACGAUUAUAUUAUUAUUUUGUUGAGUCCAUUUUGUCUGCUGGAAAGUGGAAAAGACAAAGAGAAAGGGCUUUCCAAUAGCUAGCUAGAAUGGUUUGGGCCUAAAAAGAAGAUAAGAGCAACAUGAACCGUGAAGACCGGAAUGUGCUCCGUUUGAAAGAAAGAGAAAGGCGAAAUCAAGAAAUCCAGCAGGGAGGAGAGGCCUUUCCAGCUAACUCCCCUCUCUUUCCUGAACCUUAUAAAGUUAUCAGCAAAGAAGAUAAACUAUCCAGUCGUAUCCAGAGCAUGCUGGGUAACUACGACGACAUGAAAGAACCAAUCGGAGACACAAUCCCAAAACUCAGCGGCAAACCCUCCAGCUCGUCUUCCUCGGAGGAGAAGUCGGGCCAGGCCCUGUUCGGAGAGCAGCGCGGCGGCGGCGGCAGCGGCCAAAGCAGCAAGUGGACGCCGGUGGGCCCCGCGGCCAGCACCUCGUCCCAGUCCCAGAAGAGGUCCGGCCUGCAGGGCAGCCAGCGAGGCGGCGGCGGCGGAGGCGGCAGCAGCCAAAGACACGAGAGGAAGUCCAGCAAGCAUGGAGGCUCGGACCAUUCCAAGUCGCACACUUCCAGCCCGGCCAAGGGCUCCCUGAGCUCCUCCUCCGGCCACUCGCGCUCGCUGGCCCCCGAGCACCACGGCAAGGAGCAGCGCUACCGCUCCAAGUCCCCCCGCGAGAGGGAGUCCAACUGGGACUCGCCGUCGCGCGUGCACACCUCCUUCCCCAGCGGGCAGCUCUCCAGCCAGGCCUUCCCCCCCUCGCUCAUGUCCAAGCCCAGCUCCAUGCUGCAGAAGCCCACGGCCUACGUGCGGCCCAUGGACGGCCAGGAGACGGUGGAGCCCAAGAGCUCCUCGUCGGAGGGCUACGGCGGCCAGUCUCACAGCAGCACCGUGGGGGAGAUGAAGGCCAACGGCAAAGCCUCCCUCUCCAAGCUCAAGAUGCCCUCUCAACCUGUGGAGGGUUCUAUGUCAGGAGAUGCCAAUUGCGUGGAUGAGAUUUUAAAGGAAAUGACUCAGUCGUGGCCUCCUCCGCUGACAGCCAUCCACACCCCCUGCAAGACCGAACCCUCCAAGUUUCCGUUCCCCACCAAGGACUCGCAGCACUCUAGUUUUCCUGGUGGACACAAGAGACCAACCAAGUCAUCGUCCAGCAGCCACCAGACCAAGGCCUGUGAUGGAGACCAGGCCAAUAUGCUGGAGGACGACCUGAAGCUGAGCAGCAGCGAGGACAGCGACGGCGAACAGGACUCGGCCAAGAAUGCCUCGAGGAACGCUUCGGCAAGCAACAACAGCAACAACAGCGAGGUGGCGGAGCACUCGCGGGACGACUCGAGCAGCCACAGCGGCAGCGAGAGCAGCUCCGGCUCGGACAGCGAGAGUGAGAGCAGCUCCACGGACAGCGAGGCCAACGAGCCGCCGCGGCCCGCGUCGCCUGAGCCUGAACCGCCUGUGAACAAGUGGCAGCUAGACAACUGGUUUAAGAAGGUCAAGCAGUUCUCCCCAGCCUCCCCCGUGGACAACAAUGUCCCCGCCAAGUACAAGAAGGAGGGUCGCGACUCGGGCUCAGGGAGGAGCUACGGCGGCCAGGGAGGAGGCUCCAAGGAGUCCGGGGCGCCCACGCCCAGCCGGGACCUGAGGACCAGCCAGAAGACGGAAAGCGGCCGCGGGCGCCAGAAAUCCCCCGCCCAGAGCGAGGGGGGCGCGGGCCAGCGGAGGACCGUGGGGAAGAAACAGCCCAAGAAGUCGGAGAAGCUCCCCGUGGUGGAGGAGCCCAAGGGGGGGCUGAGAGUGGAGAGCGAGCCCCCUCCCGAGAUCUCUCCCCACCGGCCCAAAGCCGCCACGAAGGGCCCCCGCAAACCCAACAUCAAGCCCAAGCCCUCCCCGCGGCAGGCCGACAAGCGCAAGAGCAAGGCGCCCACCAAGUCCACCUCGCAGAAGUCCCGGGAGUUCCUGGACACGGACUCGUCGUCGUCGGACUCGGAGGAGAACGACAGCAUUCCCUCGUCGUCGCAGACGCCCCGGUACACGGAGAGCAUCCGGACGCCCGUGUGCGUCUUCUCUCCCAUGGAGGAGAAGGAGCUCCUGUCGCCGCUCAGCGACCCCGAGGAGCGCUACCCGCCCCGCCAGGUGCUGGUGGUGAAGAUCGACCUGAGCCUGAUUGGGAAAGUCCCCGGCCGCUCCUACAAGGAGCCGGAGCAGCCCAAGGCCGAGAGGGACUCUUCUCUGGACCGAGACGGCAAGGAGUUCCACAAGCAGAACCCCGAGAAGAGCUCCAAGGGCAAGAGGAAACACAAGAAUGAUGACGAAAGUGCCAAACCAGACAGUAAGAAGUCCCGACUCGAGGACUCGAAGUCUACAUCUCACAAGCCCAGCAGCAAAGAGUCAAAGAGGUCGUCGGAGAAGAAGGAGGAGCCGGCGCCGUCUCCGUCCAUUGCGGGACUCCAGAGGACUCCCAAGGCGGAGCACCCCGGCCGCAAGCGCACCGUCAGCCAAUCGUCCGCCUCGCACUCCAGCGGCGCCAGCAGCGGCAAGGAAGGGGGCGGGGGCCGCAGCAGCAGCAGCAAGAGCAGCUCCACCCCCAAGCACAGGAAGGGAGAGGACAAGCAGGGGCGCGGCGCGCGGGAGGGCAAGGAUAAAAGCUCCAAGGGUCCAGACAACCAGCUGGCAGUGCCCCCCCUGUUGUCCGACGGCUCCAAGUCCCUCCGGUCUAAGAUGCAGUUUGAGGACAGGGUUCUUUCUGCUGACCACUACCUACAGGAAGCCAAGAAACUGAAACACAACGCAGACGCUCUGUUGGACCGGUUCGAGAAGGCUGUGUACUACCUGGACGCCGUGGUGUCGUUCAUCGAGUGUGGGAACGCCCUGGAGAAGAGCGCCCAGGAGGCCAAGUCUCCCUUCCCCAUGUACGCCGAGACGGUGGAGCUCAUCAAGUACACUAUGAAGUUGAAGAGCUACAUGGCUCCAGACGCUACAUCGGCAGACAAGAGGCUCGCCGUGCUCUGCCUACGGUGCCAGUCCCUCCUCUACUUGCGACUGUUCAAGCUGAGGAAGGAAAGCGCUCUGAAAUAUUCCAAAACCCUCACAGACCACCUCAAGAAUUCCUUAAGCAACACUCAAGCCCCCUCUCCUGGAAUGGGGAAUAAAGCGGCAGGGAUGCCCUCCCCGGUCUCGCCCAAGCUGUCUCCAGGCAACGCCGGUGGCUACUCGUCGGGCUCCAGCAGCGCCAGCGGCAGCUCGUCCGUCACCAUCCCUCAGAGGAUCCACCAGAUGGCCGCCAGCUACGUCCAGGUCACCUCCAACUUCCUGUUUGCCACGGACGUGUGGGACCAGGCCGAGCAGCUAGCCAAGGAGCAGAGGGAGUUCUUUGUGGAGCUGGACAAGGUGAUGACGCCGCUCAUCUUCAACACCAGUAGUAUGAGCGAACUGGUGCGCUUCACACGCCAGGGACUACACUGGCUGAGGCUGGACGCGAAGCUCAUUCCCUAGAACACGGACCAUUACUUGCCUCAGAACACACACGCACACACACGCAAACACACACCGUCCACCCGCUCUGGCUCUCCAUGCACAUGAACUUAUCUGCCUCAAACAUAUCUCUUACACUGUGUCCAUUUUCUACACCAGCUUGCCAAGAACACUCAGCAAUUUGGAGCAUUUUACACCCAUGACAGGCCACCAUAGGAGAAGCUCGACUGCAGAGAAGUGUCUACACACUAUAUCCACUAUCAACGCUUGCCUCUCAUAUCCUAACGUUGUGUAAUGAAAGCCAUGUUACAACUUGGCGUGCAGCCGUCGCGGAAUUAUUUUAAAAAAAAACACUAAAUGUCGUUUUAUUUUGUUUUUUUAGGCUAUAAGCACAUUUUUGCAUAAUUUGGCUUUUUAAAUGAAUUGUUUUGUUUUACCAAAGUACCUCCCUCAGACCAAAGGUGCUUUAAAACUAAGGUUUUACUCUUAUCUGGUUUGUGCCUUGUAUUUGAUCUACAGGAAACAAGAAUAUGUACCAUAUGUCAAAAUGCAGAGUCGGCAAUGUUGGAGAGGGAUUUUAUGUUUUGCCAAAACAUUUGUCGUUGGCAGAAGUAGCAAUUUUACGCUUUCAAACACAACUUGGCUGUGAGAUCGGUUUAGGGGGCACAUGGCCUUGUCCCUGUCUACCUACCUUAUGUCUGGACAGUGCCUGCUUAACGUGUCUGAGUUCAUUCGGUCGCCCACGGUGGUGUCGGCCUGUUUCCUUAUGGCUGUUGAAAUGAGUCAUAGAUUCCAGGAGAACAUGUCCUUAUACUGAAGCACCGCAAGGCUUUUGUUUCUGUCAGUAAGUUCUUCCUUCGUAUCACGUGUCGUUGUGCAGAUGUCGUACUUCCAUGUACUUCAGAUAAAAGCCCUCAGAGAUUGGUCACGUUAUAACAUGGGUGACCGUGUUCGUUUUGAUCCUUGAGAGUCUAGGGGAGAAUUGGUAGGGUGGUUUGAAGUGCGUUUCCAAGGAACUGCAGGUGGUCCUUGCUAUAUCAAAUCUUUAAUCGCCACUGCAGUUCCAGAGAAGACGCACCGAGAAGAACAUGCAUACCGCUAAAUCAAAGGCAAAUAUACUCGCUUUCUGAAAGGACAACUUUAAGAAGUGAUGGUGCUCGCUAGCCAUACGUUUUUAUUGCAGUGUUGUAGCCCACAAGUGUUCCGUUCCAGUAUGACUGGCACACAGGCCCCAUGAACUCCUCGCCUUGGGUCCAGAUCCCUUGUUCACAUAGGCUUGGUUCUGAUCAUCAGUACUCGGAACAUUCCAUGUCCAUAUCCUUUGUGAAGAUUGAGCGUGGUCCAGGAUGUUGUUGGAAACUAACGGAAAUGGGGCCAGAUUAAACAGCCAACAGAUUUGUAUCUAUGUACCCAGCAGUGGUUCUGUCAAAGUUUCAGACUACUAGAUUUCAAGCAGGGUCGAAUGAAGAAUGAGAUGAUCUAUUGGGGGGGAAAUGUCCUAUUUAAAAUGUCCCAACGUGGUUCACUGGUUCUUUACCUAGCAUUACAGUUGUGUAUGACAGAACUAUAAAAGUGUCACCCAUGAUCUCUAUUUAUGGUACCAGUUAGAAGAGGGGUAUCGAUGAUAGUUACUGUUGCUUUGAACUACCCUAGCAUGAACAUUUUAGUCUUUUUUAAUUUUUUUGUAGUUUGGCUUCAAGGCAAAGUGGACAUGAGAUUUGUGAACAGACAACGUGAUGACUUGACACAGGCAGGGUUACUCUGAUGCACAAGGUGGUGUUGAAGCGAGGGUUGGGGUUGUGUGGUGAACUUGUUUUCUUUCUUUUUUUUUCUUCAUUGAGCCCUCUUGCUUCAGUAUACAUUCACAUGCUGGAAACACUAGUAACUUUUCAUUAUCGGCUCCCUGGUCUUUCUUUUGGGGGAAAACUGUUAUUCUCUCUCAACUCGACAAGUGAAAGAGAAAUUCAUUUUUUUAAUCUAUGCAGGAUUACAGAAAAAUCACAAUAUGUUCCUUGGGGUGGUAGUUAACUGUCUUGUCAGUCACAAACCUGUUUUGUUUGACACAACUGUCCAAUGCCUUUGAGCUUUUUUGCAAGUCAUCCUUGUCUACUGGUUUAGUGUAUGUGUAAAUAUAGCAAAGUUUUUAUAACCAAACACGGAUGGCUUAAGCAGCCAUUUUAUACCUUAAGCUGGAGGCCACUUUUCUUGUUGAUGUUCCUCUGGGUGUGCAUUUGUGUACAUUCUCCAAUGUCUUCAUACACUGGUACACUUUUUGUAUGUACAGGUUCGAGGCUUGUGUUCCAUAUAGUCAGAUGUACAGGAUUACUCUUUUAGGAUUCUUUUGAUGUGUUUACUCUUAAUUUAUUUUACUGCCCCUUUUUAUUUUAUUUGAAUUGAUCUUUUUUGCUGAAUAUCAUUUUAUGGACUUGGAUGACGUUGUAUAAGUUGUUCACAGGAUUUCAGUGUAUUAAUGUUGAAAUAAAUUCAAACUUGAAAGAAUCCAGGGUAAGAUAACAUUUUCUGACAUUCAUCAGAAAGAAGUAACACUUGCAUGUCUAUUUAAAUACAAAUGUGUAAAAAUUGUAUAUAGAACAUUUCUCUUUAGGAUGAAUUUGUACAACAGGUUAACAUUUUUAUUGAGAAUUUAAGUUGUAAAUAUGAUGUGAGAUAUAUGCACAUUUUUCUUUCUUCCAAAUGUUUUAGAUGACACCAGAGUCUCUGAACACUGUAUAUCAAACAUGUUUAUCAAUCAUUUUGUAACUGUAUUUUAUGCCUUUUUAUUCUGCUUCAAAAUACUGUCUAUCGUUGUCGCCAUCAUAAUCAUCAAUGUCUAUAGAUCCAAGUGCUAAUAUUGUUGUCUUUGUAUUUGAUACGGAGAUAUGUUAAUUCAUGAAAUGGUAUAUAGUUUGAUCAACAUGAGUGGAUGGCUGUUGGGAGUGAGAUGUAUACAGUGAACACAUUAUCAUCAUAGUCUGUGUGAAAGAGCUCUAUCCCUUUUUUGAAAUUUGAUCUGAGAACUCUUUUGAAUCAGAGGUAUUUCUGUAAAUUAAAAGGUUGUAGAAGUUUAUACAGUAUGUUGUACUUUUUACUGUCUCAGAGGAGACCAUCAGCAUACAAAGUACAAUAAUCUAAAUUGGGUUAGUUUUAGGAUUCCGAUGAUAGAGAUAUAUAUUAUGGAUGCAAUAUUAAGUAAAGGUACUCUUGAGAGUUUGUUAUUCAAACUUGGGAUUACGUGUAAUUUAAAACAUUCUUGUGAAGUGAGUAUUACUUGUUACUAAUGGGAUUUCUGAGUCUGUCCUGAAUAUUCUUUGUAUUUUGCCGUAUUGAGAAUAAAAUAUAUAUGGUUAUGUUUAA